UCCCCUCUCGAGAUUUCGUGUAGGUAUUCUUUGGCAGUGUUUGAGGAACCGCGCACGCGGGUAUCUGCCUGCCGCUUUGGUUCAUGGUGUUACAUAGUACGUGCGAAUAAAAACGCGCCCCGCGGCAAACCUUCUGUCGUCUGGCGCUCGUACAUGGAUUCUGUUUACGAAAAGCCAGCGGAAACUUUGGAUUGGAAUGUCGAUACGGAAGUGCAGUUAUUUCACGCAAUGAAAGGCCAUAAACCAGUAGGCGUCAACAGGUACUUCCAAAUGGCUUGCAUCCACGAGAAGUUCAGCGCAUCUCUUAACAAAGACAUCUCUUCACAGACAAUAUGGGACCACCUCGACACUAUGUAUGACAUGGCGGCUUUGCACGAGUCGGAGAUUCUUCCAUUUCCUAACCCUGAGAACGAGUUUGUGCUGCCUGAUAAUGAUUUUGGAGACCUUCUGUCCAAGCGUAAAGAGAAAGUUUCAGUUGACAAAGAAUCCAGCAAGAGAGCUCCAUCACCUGCUGCCAGAUCCUCCAUGGGUGGUAAAGUGCGCGUAGAUGACUGUUCAGCAUCCAAGAAGCCUGAAGCCACCGGUGGCAAGACGGGCAAAGGUGACUGGAAUGCAGCGAAGUCUUCACCUAUCCCCAGUGCAGGUGGCAAAAUAAGGCGCAGCGAGGCAGAGGCAGCUUCCAGGUCUGGUUGCAAGUCCUCAUCGGGAGCAUCAUCACGAAAAGGUGAUGUGGGCACGCCCAAGCAUAGUGCAUCCUCUGUUAGCAAAGUUAAGCCAGAACAUGCACAUGGCAAGGUUAAGAAUGACAGCACACCCAGUCUCAAGUCUUCGCCAGCAUCAAGUAAUACCAAAGCACUGAGAGCCGACACAGGCAAUCCAAACAACCAAGGUGUACCGAGAAUGAAAAGUAAGUCAGACACAAAGUCUGACAGUAAGUAUCAAGAUGGGCUGCAUGACAAGCAGCACAAACAGCCCUUGACAAAAGGAAAUGCCAAAGGGGAGAGCAGAACAGAUGGCCGGGCAGAAUCUAAGGCAGAAAGCAAGGACCAUCCAAGAGGAGAGCCAAAAGGUGGAGGAGGGGUCAACACGUCAUCUGGGACAAAACCCUCUAAAGCAAAGGAACUGCCUGGGCGCAAAUCUGAAGGCAGAGGUAAAGCAGAAGAUGAUAGCACUUUAGCAAAGGGGUCCUUCAGGCAGGUAAAAGAGGAGCCGCAAGAGACUGCACCCAAACGUAAACGCACUUCUCGACUCGAUACUCCCAAGUCCAAUAGCCCUCAAGUCACCAAGUCAAGGCGCAGGUGAUGCCGUCAGCAUCAAAGCCAAAAGAGGCUUUUCUUGCGUAGCUAUCAUAGGCAUCAACACCAGUGUAGCAAAUGUGUGGAAUGUGUUAAGUUGAAACUUGAAUAAAGCUGGAGCACUUUUUAGUGCAUGCAACAA